GAUGCCGCGCGAUUUGGCGCCUGGGUGGAGAAAAGCGGCGGCGGGGCGGCCGGAGCGGUUGCUAGGGGCAACGGUGCAACUUUGUUGUACUGCUUCUGACCGAUGGGGCUGCCCACCUGGAUCUAUGCCUUAGCAACAGCAGAGAUUAGUCAGACCACCAGGUUUUGUCACCCGUCGGGUGCCAGAAGGAUGCCUUUGGUCAACGGAUUGGUACCCUCUCGAUUCCUGACCCUCACAGCCCACCUCGUCAUCGUUAUCACCCUCUUCUGGUCCAGGGAGAACAACGUUCGAGCUUCCCUGCCUUUGCAGUUCACCCAAGAGGCCUAUGUGAAGCAGGACACAGAGAUGGUGGUGGCCUUGUCCGUGACUCUGGGGCUCUUUGCGGUCGAGCUGGCUGGCUUCCUCUCCGGCGUGUCCAUGUUCAACCACCUGCAAGGCCUCCUCUCUUUGGCUGCUCACUCCAGCGCCUCCGUCAGCCUCUCUUUUUUCAUCACUGAGCGCUGGGAGACUGUCACCUACUGGUACAUCAUGGCCUUCUGCAGCGCUUUACCAGCUGCGGUGGAGGUCCUCCUUUUCAUCUCCGUCUUUGGACUGAAGAAGAAGCCCCUGUGAGGGCAGAGAAGGACAGAAGCAUCCCAAAAGGAACUUGCCCUUUGGGGGCUCGACUGCCUAACCUCCGACCACCCCCGGCUUUCCUCCUCACCUUUCAAGCCUGUUCCCGGGGUCUGCUGUGUUCUGCGUGCUCCCUCCAGUGGCAGCCGGACGGUAUUGCACCUUGCUGGGUCCCAAGUCUGCAGGGCCAAAAAUCUCCCCUUUUGGGGAGAGACGGAGCACAUGUGGUUGGAGGGGGGGGCCAUUGGUCACCCUGGCUUGGCCACGUAGCUUUUUUGGUAGAAUUAAUGAUUCGCAUCGCUUUGAACAAAUGACUGAGUGUGCGAAUUCUAGGUAGGCAGGUGAUGGUGUGUACUGAAAACCACCUGUUUUAUUAUUUUUUUAAUUGCCUUAAUAAAAUGAUGUCUUUAUUUA